AUGCUAAUGGCUGUCAUGAAGCCUAGAGCAAUUCGAUUAUACAGCAAGAUAUUCUUCACUCAUCACAGAUUGGUCUAUUUAUUGAAAGUUCAUGCGAUUCAACGACAUAAUAUCGUACCCUGGCGUUGA